CGCUGUUCAAACCCGGGAGAGAAGCGCGCUGGUCCAGGUUCUGCUCUGUUUGACUCUGCUGUGCUGAUUCUAAUCCUAUCGGUGGCACAUUCACCUCCUCGGUGAGCUAUGAAAAUGAUUCCCACCAUUUCCAGAAAGCGGAAACUCUCAUCUGCGGAUUCAAUCAGCCACCCGGCUAAGAAGCAGGAGAUGUCACCGGAGAAGCGCAGAUCUCCAAGAAAGCGUUACUCGCCACAGAAAUCCCCACAUAGACUAGGAGGGUCGCCAUCCUGCUCACCUGUUAAAUCUCCAUCGAAACGUUCCGUGCGGACGAGCUCUUUCUAUGGCACCCAGAGAUCCGUCUAUCUCACCCCUCUUGAGAGGAAGGCGAUAAAGGAGUGCCUGCCCUCUCAUCUCCCCACGGUUUCAUCCCCUCCUUUGGACAAAAAGCCAGUGAUGAAAAUAAAAAAGAAAGUGAAAGGAGAUAAAAAACAAAGGAAAUCAUCACUGGGUUUUGGUAAAAAGGGAAAGACUGGCAUCAAAAGCUCUGCAUCACCACCAAAGAAGGCGAAGUUGCCCAGUAUUGCUGAUAAACCAACACCCACUGACACCUCUAAGCCCGCCAGCAGUAAACCGGUAGAGUCCAAGAACAACACCAUUUUCAAUUUUUGCCGGAAGCCGAGGCCAAACAUCUACGUCGGAGCUGCUUUCUUUGGUACAGGGAAGAAACCCCCAUCCAUGUACAAAAAAUCUACUCCCAAGCCUUCUGCCAGAGCAGCUUCUGUUCCUGCCAAGAGCAAAGCUGCAUUACCACGGCUGAUGAGCGGAAAACCAAAGCAGCAGUCGGCUAAAGAGACCAGCAAACCAGAACAGCAAAUCAGGAAGGUGGAGAAGGAAGUGAGCAGCAAGCAGAGAACAGUGUUUGAUCCCACUGACUGGAUUGACGAGGAAGAGCCUCAGACUCCUCAGCCUUCAAGCUCCCCUAAAGAAUUGACAAAAAAUAAAGUUACCAGGGAGGUUAGGAUUGUGUUAACCCGGACCCCGACACGGGUGGAACCUGCUGCUUCCCUCUUCAGUCCUCAGGAUGAUUGUCUGACAGGAGAUGAGUCGGUCUUUACCCUGAGAGACAGAAGCCCCACCAACACCCUGAAAGAAUCUGCUGCGGUGUAUCCUAUAUUUGGUUCGGCCUCCAAAAGGUUAAAGAAUCCACCUCUGCAGCCCCCAGUGUCCUGCAGCACCUCGCCUGGCUCUGCAGCGCCACAACCGACUCCUCCAGCAACGAAGGAGAGGAGCGUUCGCAGGAAGAAAGAGAAGCAGGACGACGACCAGCUCAUCAUUGAUGCUGGUCAGAAGCAGUUCGGAGCCACGACCUGCAGCUCAUGUGGGAUGGUUUACAGCGCAGACAACCCAGAGGACAAUUUCCAGCACACCCAGUUCCACCAGAGGUUCAUCAACUCCAUCAAAUUUGUGGGGUGGAAGAAGGAGCGGGUCGUGGCCGAGUUCUGGGAUGGAAAAAUUCUCCUGGUCUUGCCAGAUGAUCCCAGAUACGCAGUUAAAAAGGCUGAGGAUGUGCGCCGAAUUGCUGACAACGAGCUGGGCUUCCAGCAGAUGACUUUGAGCAAACCAACGCAGGCUAAAACCUACCUGUUCAUAAAUGCAGAGCGUCUGGUGGUGGGGUGCCUCGUUGCUGAACCCAUACGACAGGCUUACAGGGUCCUUGAACAGCCGGAUCAACACAAGGACAUGACAAAAGACAACUUCAUGGAGCGACACCGAGCCUGGUGCUGCUCCACCGUCCCAGAACAAGCUCUGUGUGGGAUCAGUCGGAUCUGGGUCUUUAGCCUGGCCAGACGGACAGGCAUCGCUACCCGCAUGAUAGACACAAUCAGGAACACGUUUUUGUACGGCAGUCAUCUAACCAAGGAGGAAAUCGCCUUCUCUGAUCCAACGGUUGAUGGAAAGCUGUUUGCCACCAAAUACUGCAACACGCCAACCUUCCUCGUUUACAACUUUGUUGCGUGAGAUGUGGAAACAUUUCAGAGGUUGAUUUAAGAUGCAGCACUGAUGCAACUGCUGAGCAUUGGUUUCAUAAGCAGAGCUGUUCAGGUUGUCGUUCUGUGCAUCCGUAGUUAUAAUUAUACAGCCAGUCUGUGUUCAAGAUGGAGUUUUUUAAAGAUGAUGCUUCAUUCAGUAUUUAUAUUCAGUGCUGCCUGUUUCAUCGUUACAUCCUAUAAAAGUGUUUGCGACCUGAGAAGCUGAAAUGAAUUUUAGUGGUUGCUGAGCCAGUUUAUAUCAUCUGUUCAUAAUUUUUAUCUUUAACAUUGAUGAAAAACUGACCUGUUAAAAAGCAAAUGCCACUUUUGUACAUAAUUUUAAUAAACUUUUUUUUUUUUUGCGCACAAGUUGUAUUGGUCUUUCAGAUUCUUUUCAUUUGCAAGUGGCAUCACCUGUUCAGCUUUUACUGCAAGUGUGAAAUGGUUCAUUGUUAUCUGGGUUACUACACGUUUCAGUUUCUGAAUUAAAAAGAAAUCCCUACAUGUAAUGUUUCAAUACCAAUUGGUUAACAUUGCAGCACAUGAUCUUGUGAUGCUCAAGGUUUCUUCCCUCCUAAAGGAGUUUUACCUGCCAUUGUUUGUAAU